AUGUCUACUGCAGUUCCUCCAGGUGGUCAACGUACUUUGCAAAAAAGAAGACAGGCUCAAAAUGCUAAGGAAAAUAAAUUAAAACAAACUCCAACAAGCGCAAGAGCAGCUGGUUUUGGUGGUUCUUCCAAUAACAUUCUAAAGAUCUUUACUGAUGAGGCCUCUAAUGGCUUAAGAGUCGAUCCAUUAGCUGUUUUAUUUUUAGCUGUUGGGUUCAUUUUCUCUGUUGUUGCUCUACAUGUUAUUGCUAAAAUGACCGGUAAAUUAUUUUGA